AUGGUGGAGGAAACGGGCAUCGCCGGUGUCUCAUCAUCUUCUCCGAUCAAAACCAUCGUCGUUUUGGUCCAAGAGAACAGGUCAUUCGACCAUAUGCUCGGUUGGUUCAAGGAGCUAAACCCGGAAAUCGAUGGAGUAUCCGAAUCCGAACCAAGAUCCAACCCUAUUUCUACAUCCGACCCGGACUCUGCUCAAGUCUUCUUCGGCAAAGAAUCUCAGAACAUUGAUCCUGAUCCCGGUCACUCCUUCCAGGCUAUCUACGAGCAAGUGUUCGGAAAACCGUUCAGCGAGGAGAGCCCGUACCCGGAACCGAAGAUGAACGGGUUCGUACAAAACGCCGAGGCGAUAACAAAAGGUAUGUCGGAGAAAGUCGUGAUGCAGGGGUUUCCGCCGGAGAGACUUCCCGUGUUCAAGGAGCUAGUUCAAGAAUUCGCCGUCUGCGAUCGGUGGUUCUCGUCGUUGCCCUCGUCGACGCAGCCUAAUCGUCUCUAUGUUCAUGCGGCGACAUCAAACGGUGCGUUUAGCAACGACACUAACACGCUCGUCCGUGGGUUCCCUCAGAAGACAGUGUUCGAGUCACUUGAAGAGAGUGGCUUCACGUUUGGGAUUUAUUACCAAUCUUUUCCUAAUUGCCUCUUUUACAGGAACAUGAGGAAAUUGAAGUACGUGGACAACUUCCAUCAAUACCACUUAAGCUUCAAGAGACAUUGCAAAGAAGCGAAGCUUCCAAACUAUGUAGUCAUAGAACCAAGAUACUUCAAUGUUUUGUCGGCUCCAGCCAAUGAUGACCACCCCAAAAACGAUGUCGUGGAGGGCCAAAACCUAGUAAAGGAGAUCUACGAAGCCUUAAGAGCUAGCCCUCAAUGGAACGAGAUUCUCUUCGUUGUUGUUUAUGAUGAGCAUGGUGGUUACUAUGACCAUGUCCCCACUCCAGUCAUUGGUGUCCCAAAUCCUGAUGGUCUUGUUGGUCCACCGCCGUAUAACUUUAAGUUUGACCGGCUUGGCGUUAGGGUUCCUGCUUUGCUGAUCUCACCUUGGAUCGUACCCGGAACCGUGUUACACGAGCCAAACGGACCAGAACCAACGUCACAGUAUGAGCAUUCAUCAAUUCCGGCAACACUGAAAAAGAUAUUCAACCUCAAGAGCUUUCUUACGAAACGUGACGAAUGGGCCGGAACACUUGAUGCUGUCAUCAACCGGACCACCCCCAGAACCGACUGCCCUGUAACGUUACCGGAACUUCCAAGGGCAAGAGACAUAGACAUUGGAACACAAGAAGAGGACGAAGAUCUCACUGAUUUUCAAAUCGAGCUGAUUCAAGCAGCGGCUGUUAUAAAAGGAGAUCAUAUCAAAGACAUAUACCCGUUGAAGCUCGCUGAAAACAUGAAGGUUUUGGAUGCGGCUAAGUACGUAGAAGAAGCUUUCACUAGAUUCUAUGGUGAGUCCAAGAAGGCUAAAGAGAGAGGUCGUGAUGAACAUGAGAUCGUUGAUCUUUCCAAAAGAUCUACUCGUCACUCUGAUCCGAAAUCGUUUCUUCAGAAGUUUUUCUCUUGUUUGAUUUGUGAUAAUUGA